CAGUGUGUGUGAGCUAGUUGUGUACUUAUAUAUACAUAAUGUUUACAUGCGUGUAGCAGCAUUAUACACAUCAUAUACUGCAGUGACAAGAGACAGUCAUGGAAAAGAAGCUUUGGGUUCGAGUUGCAAGAUAUCAGCUCCUUGCCAGCUGCAUCUUCACUAUGCUCCUGGCGCUUGCAGUGUGUAUUGUUACAAUAAUGACUGGCUGGGGCAGUUAUUUCAUUGUGCUAACAAAAGCUUCCUCCCCUGAGAGCUCAAUCAGAGGACUUCACUGGAUCAUGGUCCUGUAUGGGAGCUGCGUCUGUGUUUCACUACUCCUGGUCGCUGUGGUCUGUUCUCUGUCUGUCCUGCGGGAGUCACAGCAGCUCAUGGCUAUUGGAUUCUUGGGGUUUGGCUGCCUUUUCCUUGUUCUGAUGGUCGGACUGACCUGGGCACACGAGUACCAGAGCCAGGUGGAAACCUCAUUCCUGGACACUUAUGACGAUCUCUAUGAGCAGGUUCAUACGAGCUCCUCAAGCGUGCAAAGAGAACAGUUACUGAGCGUGCACGAGGCUCUCCUGUGUUGUGGUAAGAUUAGAGGACACUCCGUCUUAUCAGAGACCCUCAUCAUGUGCAAGAGAGAAGAAAAGGAACAGGACUGCGUAUCUGUGAUCUCUGAAGCUCUGCGUGCGCAUUGGAGUGUAGUUCGUAUGUUACUUCUCAUGGGCCUGGGGGUGACGGUUUGUGGGAUGUUUCUCUCCUCUUUUCUGUUUUUUUCCCUCCUACAAGGAACCAGCUGGGACAGAAGAGGAAAAUACAACUUGAUAAAUGCAUCAAACUGCCCCUCAAGCACCAUGUCUGACCUGCCUCUAAUUCCCAUGCCUCCUCUUCACACUGAACAGUGACGUCAUGUGGCGCACUGCAACCAGCCACAUAUAGCGACUGAACUGAUCUAACAUUCUAAGUUAUAAUGUCUAAAACAUUUUAAAGUGGAUUAAAAAUAAUAAGCAAUGUUCAGAA